GCGCGGACGGCUUGGGCUACGAUCAAAACUUCUGAGAAAACUUYAUCCGACUGAAAUUUCACCCAAUAUUGACAGAUUGCUUAACUUAGGGUGCAGUUUUCCUAUAAUUUGGUUYUGUGCAAUCUUAGUUUUAUGAUUAAACCAUGGGGAACAAAUCAAGCUCAGUMGAAGAGCAAGGCACUCAAGAUGUGCAGACAGCUGAAAACGAUACGGCUGACACUACACCACAACACGAAGCUAAAAUAACUAAGCCAAACAAAUCGAAAGCUAUAUCUCUUAGUGAUACGAACGCUGAAGAGCUCAAAAAGGUUGGCGUACRSGMUGAACUGGCGGAGAAACUUGCUCAGGAAGCCAGCAACGGAAAGCUAAAAGUUCUUGGCGAUGUUGUCAACUUGUUAGAAAGUGCUGGAGUAGCAAUGCAGGUAAACUUUGAUGGGAAUUUCCAUAUCGAGAAAGACUCCUKUGGUGCGUUGUCUCUGCAGUAUCAAGAUCCACACAAGAAAAAGAAGAGAAUCUUCAGCUUUCGACGAUCUUUUAGUGGAAGGAAGCGAAAGGAGMGAGAAGACGAUGACCCAUCRUGGAUUCCUGAUGAAGAAGAACAACAAGAAGGAAAGCGUUUCAAGCUCAAGAGUCAUUCAUCAAAGAGCGAAGAUGAUGAUGAAACUGAGGAACCUCUUAAUGACAGYGAAAAACUUGAUGUCAACACCGCAACCGAAGAUGAGCUGGAAGCCUUGGAUGGAAUAGGUCCAAGCCUUGCAAAGAAGAUCAUUCAAUACCGUGAGCAACAUGGCAAGUUUCACCAGCUGGAAGACCUUGCUGCUGUGAAAGGAAUCAGCAAAAGAUCCGUCAGAAAGUUGUCAGCUCAUUUGAGAGUUGAAGAGUUUGAAGAUAGCUGUGUGAAGCCCUGUUCUGGUAUAAAACUCAGCUCAAUUCCAUCUGACAACAAACUUAAAUACGGUAAGCGAGAGGUGGUGAGGAUCAUAUCGUGGAACUUGCAAUGCUUCAGCAAUGAGAAGGCMUCCAAUGAAGGUGUCAUUGAAGUCAUUUGCAGGACAAUUCUUGAAAAUGGAAUCAGUAUCGCUGUUCUGCAAGAGAUAGGAGAUGAAGAAGCGAUCAAUAAGAUAAAAGAUCAGCUAAACCAUCCUACCAUUAAAGGACUAAAAAAGCUUAAAAACAGCAAAGCAAGCUGGGAGUGCAUAACAUCUGAUGUUGCCGGCCCAAUGUUCAGGUCCAAGGAAUACAAUGGAUUUCUUUUUGACACCAGUCGUGCAAUUGAAGUAACAAGUCACGAUUUGAUAGAGAAGCCGACRAAAGGGAAAAAGCAGUUUAGUAGAAGGCCAUUCCUUGGUUACUUCAAGGCAUCUGGCUUUGAUUUUGUUGUGGUCAGUGUUCACCUGAAGGCUACUGGUCUUGGAAAUGAAGAUAUUGGCAAACUGCAGAAAGAGCUGGCUAAUAUCCCUGAAGUCAUUGCUGCAAUAAAGGAGAAAAUYCCAGGGGAAAAAGACAUGGUGAUUGUUGGAGACUUUAACUUGGAACCUGAUGGAAAAGAGUUUGAUUCUUUCCGUACAUCGGGAUUGAGUCACCUUAUUCCUGAGACUAUGUACACCAACAUUAGCACCUCCAACUUAGAUGGAUCCAAGUGUUAUGACAACAUAUGGAUAGGUAACCAUACCAAGGACCAUUACUCAACUGGACGAGCAGGUGUAAUCCGUCAAGGUAUGAGACACAAAUUGAUUCCCGAUGGCUGGGGUCAAAAUGGCGUCGUUUCAGAUCAUUGCCCUGUGUGGGGUGAAUUCUACUGCGAUCGUGACAUGGACAAAACAACGGGAAAUGAAGAUGUUGAAGACAUUGUCAUUCAAACCAAAACUUGAGCGAUGUGYACCUGUGCAUUGUGGGGAAGAUAAAGAUUGUACCUUGGAUUUAAAAGCUAGAAAAUGCGAUAGGUUAGUGUGAAUUUAUUGUAGUAUAAAUUAAUUGUAUUUUUAAGUAGUAUUUAUAGUUAAAUAGUUUUGUAGGAAAACUUAAGAUAAACUAAAUUGUAAAUAGUAAUUUUACCAAGCCUUCUAGAAUUAUCUAGUUAGAUAGGAAUUUUAAAUAGAUCCAUACACAGUCUCAUGUACUUAUAGCAGUUAGGAAAUAAGGUGUUUUACACCACAGGAAUCCCAUGUCAUGACACAGGAAUCCCAUGAGGAUAACCAAGUACAUAAUGUUUUCUCUUUUUUUUUACUUUUGAAAUUUAAAUAGCAUCAUUAAKGAAAGUGAGAGAACUUUCUAAUCAAAUUAGACAGCUCACAGUGUAAUAUGUACUAAUAAGUUUUUUUUUAACCAAAAUUUUUAAUAGAAUUCAACACAAAACUUCCAAACAUUAGAAUUAUAUUUAAAUAAUUAAAUCAAAUCUAUUUAAUGUAGGAUGUAUAAGUAAAGUCAUAUUUUUAGAUGAA